CCUUAUCACAAGGCUGACAAGUGUCAGUUUUCAGUCUACAAAUAGUAUGUAUGUACUGCGAAUUAUAACUUCUUGAAAUUAUUUGAUAUUAAAGACAAAAUUAGUCUCGAUCACGUUCUCGAAAAAUGGAACCAGGAAUAUUAACCAAAGUUUUAAAUGAUUUUCUAACAACUGUUGAUGGAGAACUGAGUUUACAUAAAGGAGAAUAUUUUUUGAUAUAUAGUAUUGUUGACAAACACUGGUGUUAUGGAGAAUCUAGAGGCAGAACAGGAAAAUUUCCUUCAAGUCAUUUGCAUAAAAUAGAUGUACCGCAUCUAUGUGAUUCAGAAUGUUUAUUUGUCAGUACUGCCACUUUUCCAGGACAACAGGAUGGAGAUUUAUCUUUUUCUCAAGGUGUACUUAUUGUUGGAAUACAAGAUGUUGGAUCAGGAUGGUAUUUAGGACGAAUAGAUGAUAAUAAUGGUAUAUUUCCUUUGACUCAUACUUGGCAACUUGAUUCCAAGCUGUUGAAGAAAGCUUCAAAAAAACAAAGUAUAAGAAAAAGAGCAAGAAUAAAAACUAAUUUGAAAGCACAACUUGACGGUGAACUUGAUUUAGUAGAAGGUGAAAUGGUUACUGUAACGGAAGUUCUUGAUGAUGGCUGGUGCCAUGGAAUUACAGAUACUGGGAAAGAGGGAAUAUUUCCAGAAGCAUUUGUAACUUAUAUAAGUGGUGAUACUGAUCAAUUGGAUGCAACAUCUGUAGUAAAUAAGAAUUAUUUUCCUGCUACAGUAGCACAUGAUAUAAGAGAAUACCAAAAUCUUGAUGAUACUGUUACACAGCCUUGUUUCGAAGAACCAGCACCAAACUACUAUGACUUAUUUCCUCAAUACAAGUCAACUGCUUCAAACUCAGAGGAAAGCAUAGAGAAUAAUAGUAGUUUUAAUGCACUAGAUGUGAGACCUUAUGCUAUAACAUUAUAUCCAUUUAAUGCUCAAUUUCCAAACGAACUUAGUUUUGAAGCAGGGGAAGUAGUACAUCUUAUUAAACAUAUAGACUCUGAAUGGAUGGAGGGUACACUGGACAAUCAUAAAGGAAUUUUUCCUAUAUCUUAUGUUAAUAUUAUAGUAGACUGCACUGAUACUCCCAAUGAUCAAAACUUUUAUGAGCAAGAUGUAGGUAUACACGGGAUAGGCACAGAAUACAAUGCAUUAGAAUCUGGUACACAAGCAAACGUAGAAUACACCUUUAAAGCUCAAAUGGAUGGAGAUUUGAGUGUCACCGAAGGUGACACAGUUACGGUAAUUGAUAUGGCUAAUGCAGAUUGGGUAAAUGUUAAAAAUGUACACGGGAAAAUUGGUUUAUGUCCAAGGGGUUAUUUAAGUGCAUUACAUACAGAACCUCUAGAUAUUGAGCAGGAUAUAUUAGAAGACUUCGUUGUAAUAAGACAUACUGAAGUAACUCCUGAAAAAGCAGAAGAACAAAAAUCAAAAAGACUUUCAGAACCCCACAGACCUGCACCACCUGUACCAGCACCUGGCAGUAUUCCAUUACAAAAAAAUAUGGUAGAAAAUAAAGAACCAUCAUUCAUAAAUAUUAAUCAGGAAAUAGAUAUUGCCACUAAUAAUAAUGUAGACAUUGAUAGAAAAAGAGCAGAUCAAAGGCAAAAUGUUAUAUCAGAACUAGUCAUCACAGAAAAGGAAUAUGUUCGUGAUUUAAAGUUAACAUAUGAAACAUUUAACUUGUAUAAUCCAAGUUCACUCGAAUCUUUGGGUAUUGAUGUUCCUACAUUAUUUGGUAAUAUUUUUGAAGUAAUUCAAGUUGCAGAAGAAUUAUUAGAUAUGAUAUUAAAAGCUAUGAAGGGAUGUGAUGAAGAACAACAAACAGUUGGCCCCUGUUUCACAAAAAUGGCUGAGAAAUUAAAAAAUGUUUAUGUAAAAUAUUGUGGAAAUCAUGAAGCAGCAUUGAUAUUGUUGAAGAAGUAUGAAACUAAUGAAGAAAUAAUGACAGUAUUUAACAAAGGCAUUGAGACAUUACGGUGCCAAGUAGCUUGCUUUGAUAUGAGCUCUAUUCUCAUAAAACCUGUGCAAAGAAUAUUGAAGUAUCCCCUUAUUUUAUAUGAAUUGGUAAAAUGCACCGACGACAACCAUCCUGAUAAACCCACGGUCGAAGAAGCAUGGAAGGGUAUGACGGCUGUUGCGAGUCACAUUAAUGAAUAUAAACGUCGAAAAGAUUUGGUGUCUAAAUAUUUAGACAAUGAAAAUACCUUAAUCAGGAAGAUGGCCAAACUUAACAUGCACUCUGUAGCAAAAAUGUCUACUAGAUUGAGUACAAGAUUAUCUGCAAGUUUAGGAUUAACGAAUGUUGCUGUUGAUCCAGAGUUUGAGGAAAUCGAACGACAAUUCAGAUCAGUAGAAAAGUGUACAUUACAACUGACUAAAGAUGUAGAACAAUGUUUUACACAUCUAAGCGAUGAAGCUAUUUCUGGAGAAGUAAUAUCAGAUUUUCUGAUUCAAUACUAUCAAGGAACACCAAACACUGAAGCGAGAAGACUUAGAGAAAUAAGAUCAACGAUAUGGUCGCAAUUCAUUCAGGAACAGAAAGUAUGUUUAAAACGAAGAGUUCUUGCACCAACAAAUUUCUUAGCAAUAUUAUUAGAGGGACCCGCAGUAUUAAUAACAAAAAGGCACGACAAGCUACUCGACUAUGAUGCAGCCAUUUCUAAAAGUGAUUGGUACAAGGAGUCAAAAAUUGCACAGGACGAACUGACGACAGCAAAAAGUAAUUAUGAAGCUUUAACGCAACAACUAUUGGAAGAAUUACCGAUUGUGAUUGAUGCAGCAACGAAAGUACUGGUGAACUGUAUUAGCGCGUUUGCGCAAUCUAGAAAGCUUUUAUGUGGCAAAAUUACCAAGCGCUAUUUAUCUCUAUGCGAGAACUCUACUCAACUAUCAACUCAAGAUAUUUUGGAGUCAUUUUUAGUGAAUCAUAGUUUAUUGUGGAAUCAGGUAACGCGUUUUGCGUUCGCUGGGUCAAAUCCAAGAAUCGAAGAAGCAGAGUCCACAUGGUGUCCACAAAGUGAAAAGCAAAGAAACGUGCUGCGAAAUAAAUAUUCCAGUGAUAAAUUAUAUGUAGUUACAGACAAUGUAGUAAGUACAUCAUCUUUGGAUAUGGGAGCAGCUUGUGGAACUCUAGUAGCAGUGAUAAAGAAACAAGACCCAAUGGGUGAUGCAAGUCGAUGGUUCGUCGAUAAUGGAGUUGCACAAGGAUUUUUACCAUCUAAGAUAUUGCAACUUCAACAAAUACGACAACUUUCAUUAUCUAAUGAAGCUUGCUCUACCACGGAUAAUUCAAGCAUUGCAUUGACGUCAGAUUUAAUUUGCAUGGACUCUCCUAUAAAAGAACAAAAAUCAUCUCAAUCUCAUCUACAAGAAUUAUUGGAUCUAAAUAUAGAGGAAAAAGUAAAGAAGGAAGACCAUUGUUAUGACAAUGUUGAACUGAUUCCUCGAGUUCAACAGUAUCAAAAUUUGAACUACGAGUUUUAUUAUGCAGAAUACGAUUUUUCUGCCACUAUUCCUGGAACAUUGGCUAUUACUAAGGGACAAGCUCUGAGGCUUGUUAGACCUCAUGAUGAAAAGGGGAAUGAUGAAUGGUGGCUUAUGGAGGAUCGCUAUGGUAAUAAAGGAUAUGUGCCUAACAAUUAUUUAUGCGAUCCAUCCACGAAAAAAUAAUCAAAUUGCAAACAGGUCUUGAUAUCUAUUCAUCUAUUUAUUAAUUUAUUAUAUUGCAACCACUAGUGCCUGCAAUCUAGGGACAUGGAAAAUUUUUUAUUCUGACGAAAUAAUACUCUAAGCAUCUGUUAAAGGUUGAAUAUUAGUAUAGAGAAUAAUUUUACUUUAAAUGUACAAAUGUUUUGUUGGUUUCUCUUUUAUAAAAAUAUACUAUACUGUUUUUUGCUUAUAA